UUUCUAGCUAUAUAGAUCAACCAAGACCAGUUGUGCUAAUUAGAGUCGAUAGCUACCUCAUUAUUCUUAUAUAAUGGCUGGAAAAUAUCUUGGCAAGAAGGUUGUUCUCUCUGUUAAUGAAGAUGAUGAUAGUGACCAUGAUAGUGUUUCCUGUGGCAGUGAUGGCAAUGACUGCGAUAACGAAGACACUGGAAGCCACUGUGGCCUUUCACUACAGAAGCUGAAUUUAGGACCAAGAAAGAAGCUUCUUGUUUUCAGUCUCAACGGAUGUUUAAUCCACAGGGUUUACGGGCAUGACAAGGCCAACAUUCCAAGUGAUCGUAGUCCUGAUGGCACAUAUGGAAAACAUCUAGUUUUCAAAAGACCUUUUGCAGAAGAGUUUAUGCAGUUCUGUCUCGAAAGAUUUGAAAUUGGAAUAUGGUCUUCUGCCCAAGAGAAACAUGUUGAUGGUAUCUUGGAGUCUGUAAUGGGAAGAAUCAGAAAUAGGCUGUCAUUUGUUUGGGAUCAAGCUGAAUGCACUGAUACCGGGUUCAAGUCGGUAGAGAAUACACGGAAGCCUUUGUUUGUUAAAGAUCUGAAGGGAUUGUGGAAAUAUCUUGAUCGGAAGUAUUCUGAAUCUGACACACUGUUGAUUGAUGAUAAGCCUUACAAAGCCCUGCUUAAUCCUCCUCACACAGGGAUAUUCCUUGAUUCCUACACAGCUGACAAUGUCGAUGACAAUGCGUUAGAUCCAAAGGGAAAGCUUGGGAAGUUUUUGGAUGGUCUUGCAGUAGCAAAGGAUGUGCAGCUUUAUGUGAAGGACAACCCGUUCGAUCAGCCUGCGAUUUCACAGGACCAUCCUGAAUGGAAGUUUUACUCAUCUGUUCUACAAAAGCUGGGGAAGCGACAAAAGCCUUGAGAUUUGGAGUUGAAUGAGUUCAUGGAGAACUUCUUUAUGGUCCUUGGCUCCUUGAAAUAUCUUGAAUAAAACUGCUGCUGGCUUGAUCAUUUUCUUUAAUAUUAGCCUUCCAAAUUAUUUCUUAUGCUUAUAGUUUAGUAAAUGUUAGGAAAGAAGUUAUGUGUAUCAUGUGUAUUUAGGAUUGUAUCAUAAUUAUAUCCUUAGAUAUAUGCUGCCUUUUAUGUUCCUCUUUAAUAUAGGGAUAGUUUCCUUGUAUAGUUGAUUCUCUUGUAAUACGUUUCUGUGUAUAUCCUUGGUGAUUGAAUGAAUGAAAGUAUUCCAGC